CAGGUACCUUUUGCAGAUGGUCGCAUGCGGUUGUACACAUGGAGGAGAGAAUCAUUUUCGCAGUAUCCUCAAAACCGUGUCUUUUUGACACAACUGCUGACAGCUACAGGGACAUAAACACAAAAAAUGCUGCUUGGAGACAAGUGUCCACAAUAGUAGGAUUGCCAGAAGAAGACUGGAGGAGGAAGUGGAGAGGACUCAGGGACAGGUAUCAGAGAGAGAGAAGGACAGAGAAAGAGAAGAGGUCUGGGUCAGCAGCUUCAGGCCAGCAGCCUUGGUGCUUCUGCCACAUUCUUUCUUUUCUGGAUCCAUUUAUUGUGCCUUGGGCAACGAGUGGCAAUUUUACAGCCAGACCCUCUACUACAUCAUCCACAAGUGUUGUCCCCACCGGUGCAUCAAGACCCUCAAUGUCACCUACAACUGCGACCAUCGCCUCCACCGCUGCAGCGAGACCCUCUACAAUGUCUACAUCAUCCACAAGUAUCACCACCAUCGGUGCAGCGAGACCCUCUACAAUGUCUACAUCAUCCACAAGUAUGACCACCAUCGGUGCUGCGAGAUCCUCUACAAUGUCUACAUCAUCCACAAGUAUCACCACCAUCGGUGCAGCGAGACCCUCUACAAUGUCUACAUCAUCCACGAGUAUGACCACCAUCGGUGCAGCCAUGGAAGACGAUGAAAUGGAGGAAGCACCUCUGGAUCUAGGACCACCUGAGAUUAUUAUGAACCUCACGGAAGUGACCACUGAGGACCUCGUUGAACAGGAUGUGGCCGUGGAGACAAACAGAGAGAGAAACGAAGAGGAACAACGUCACACCAGGCGUCAUCGAAGGUUCCAGAUCCACUCAACUCAUUUCAGCAGAGGCUCCUCCAAGCCGUCGAGAGGGAUGCAGCCCAACCUGAUGCUCACAGGAAGGAGGAUGAAGAGACCCUCUUUGCCAUGAGCCUGGUGCCACAACCCUGAAGAGGCUGCCUCAGCAAAGAAAAGCAGCAGUCAAAGUUAAAAUGGAUCAGCUGCUUUUCCAAGCCGAGUUCAAUGAGAUGGAGUCCAUUUAGCCGAGCAGCUCACAGGAAGGACAGGAAGAGGAGAGGAGUUGUCUGG